UAAACUAAUCUGUGCAGUGGUACUAAUCUGUGAUGCUAAUACGCAGUGUAAGUGCUGCGUUAAAAGUAAAUAAUUUUAAACUUAAUUAAUAAACCAAACUGGCAGCCAAGCGCCUAUUAUUUUUCAGCCACCACCAACAUUCCCGUGCGUUGUAUUACAGCGUCAACUCCCACAGUUUCAGAUAUAUAAGUGAUUUUGGGAAAAUGGCAAUUGGAAAAUCCACAUUGGGUUUGAGAGAUCCUGGCUCAGGAGUUCCACCUAACUCUGGGGGUUCAAGGAGUCCAGCUGGUGCCUCCAAUGUGGGUGUAAUGGGACGUUACAACAAUAUAAUCAAAUCUCAAGAAGAUAAGAGCUCAUACAGAGGCCUCAUUCUGUCCAACCGUAUGAAAGUAUUACUGGUGAGCGAUCCCAAAACGGAAAAGUCUGCUGCGGCACUUGAUGUCAACGUUGGUUACCUCAGCGAUCCCGAUGAACUGCCCGGAUUGGCUCAUUUCUGUGAGCAUAUGCUGUUUCUGGGCACUGAGAAAUAUCCACAGGAAAAUGAGUAUUCAAAGUUUUUGUCCGAGCACGGAGGGGGCUCCAACGCGAGCACCGCCAUGGACCACACCACGUACUAUUUUGACGUGCUACCCCCACACCUCGGGAGGGCCCUCGACAUAUUCGCACAGUUCUUCAUACGUCCUCUGUUCACGGAGUCGGCCACCAGCAGAGAGCUCAACGCCGUGAACUCUGAGCACGAGAAGAACACGACAUCCAACUACUGGAGGCUGGAGCAGGUGAACUGCGCGCUGGCGGACCCUCGACACCCCUACUCCAAGUUCGGAACCGGGAACAAAGAGACCCUGGACAUCAUACCGAAGUCGAAAGGCAUUAACGUACGCGACGAACUCCUGAAGUUCCACGAGAGGUGGUACUCUUCGAACAUUAUGACGCUUGCCGUUUUGGGAAAAGAAUCCUUGGACGAGCUGGAAGCGUUAGUGGUUCCCUUGUUCGGGCCCGUCCUGGACCGUGACGUCACGGCGCCCUCGUGGCCCGAGCAUCCGUUUCCGCCGUCCAGACGCAGGACCAGGGUGCACUGCGUCCCCGUGAAGGAUACUAGGUCCUUAUCUAUAAGUUUUCCAUCACCAGACAUGAGGAGAUAUUACAAAAGCGGGCCGGCGCGGUACGUGUCGCACGCGGUGGGCCACGAGGGGCCCGGCAGCCUGCUCGCCGCGCUCAAAGCCAGGGGAUGGUGCAACAAUUUGUCAGCCGAUCCGACGGGUGGUGCCCGAGGGUUUGGCUUCUUUGAUGUCCUCGUGGACCUCACCGAGGAGGGCAUUGACCAUGUCGACGACAUCAUUACCCUACUGUUCCAGUACCUCGCCAUGCUGAGGGCCCAGGGUCCGCAGCAGUGGGUGUGGGAGGAGCAGCGCGAGCUGAGUGCCAUCAGCUUCCGGUUCCAGGACAAGUACGAGCCCCGGCAUUUCGUCAAGGGCCACGUCAGCCUGCUUCAGGAUUAUCCGAUAGAGGACGUCCUCAGCGUCUACGACCUCAUGACGGAGUGGAGACCGGACCUCAUCGAGGAGCUGCUGGACUGCUUGACUCCGGAGAACAUCAGGGUAGCUGUAAUGGCCAAACGUUUUGAAGAGAAGUGUACGCAAAUCGAACCUUGGUACGGUACGAAAUACCUGAGGGAGACCAUAGAGGAUGCCAAGAUUAAGACGUGGAGGUCCGCGACUCCAACCCAGGAGCUGCAUCUGCCCUCGGUCAACGAGUACAUCCCCACGAGGCUGGAGGUGCUAGAAUCGGAGGAGGAGUCCACCACCGCCGCCCCCACAGCACCGACCAUCAUUAAGGACACGCCGCUGGUGCGGCUCUGGUACAAGCUGGACAGCGAGUUCCGUCUCCCGAAGGCCACGAUGCGGUUCAGCUACGUCAGUCCCCUGCCGAACUCUGACCCUUUGCACUACAACCUGUGCACGGUGUGGGUGAUGCUGGUGCGUGACGCGUUGCAGCAGAGCACGUAUAGCGCCAGCCUGGCCGGCCUGUCCUGGAGCCUGGGGUCGGAGGUCAACGGGAUUACGAUAACCAUCAACGGAUACGACGACAAGCAACACGUCCUGUUGGACACGAUCUCGGGGAUGCUGUCCGCGAAGCCGGACCCCCAGAGGUUCGAGAUCAUCAAGGAGAUCUUCGUGCGAGCCAUGAAGAAUUACGAAACCGAACAGCCGUACCAGCACGCCCUUCUGGAGCAGACGAUGUGUCUGACGGACGUCUGCUGGACCCGCCCCCAGCUGUUGGCUGCCGCCCAGGUCAUGACCGUCGACCAGCUCGAAGAUUUCAUCAGCAGGAUGCUGAGGAAGGUGCACAUCGAGGGUCUGAUCAUCGGGAACGUGACCAAGGAGAGGGCUUUGGAGAUGGCCGACGGUCUGGAAGCCAAGUUGCCCAAGGACGGCACCCCGCUCUUGGCUCAGCAGCUGCUGCAGCGUCGGGAGGUCGAGAUAGAAAAAGGCGCGUGGUACUGCAGCGAGAUAGAGAACCGGAUCCACAGGUCCUCGUGCACGUCUGUGUACUACUCGUGCGGGCUCCGCGCCUCCAGGUCUAACGUGCUGCUGGAACUGCUGGAGCAGGCGCUGAGCGAGCCCUGCUUCCACGUGCUGAGGACGCAGGAGCAGCUUGGGUACAUAGUCGUCAGCGGUGUCCGUCGCGCUAAUGGCGUCCAAGGGUUGAGGGUCAUAGUCCAGGGCGACAAGCACCCCCGCUACCUGGAGACCAGGAUAGAAGCCUUCAUCAGCAACGCUCAAGAGUAUUUAGAGAAUAUGAAGAACGAAGAGUUCUUGAAGUUCCGGUCGGCGCUGGCUGCCCGGAAACUGGAGAAGGCGAAGCACAUCGGGGAGCGGGCCACGAGGUUCUGGUCCGAGAUAGCGACGCAGAUGUACAACUUUGAUCGCGCGACUAUUGAAGUGGAGCAACUAAACGCGGUCACUCAGCAGGACCUCAUAGAGUACUACAAGAAACACAUAAGUCCGAAGUCGGACGAGCGCCGGAAGCUGUCCGUGCACGUGGUGUCCACGGCGGAGGGCGGCGCCGGGCGGCUGUCACCCGACAAUGACACCGUCAUUGACACCCGCAGCGACAGGCAGCCGAUAAUAGUGACCGAUAUUGUAGAGUUCAAAUCACGACGAGGACUGUACCCUCACCCGGUGCCCUUCAUGAGCGUGCCGAGGAAAGGGGCUCACUGCAAACUGUGAGCACCCGUGACCCGACAGACGAUCUUAGUUCAUAACGAGAAAUAAGUAAAGCAAAUUGUAAUUAAAAAGUUUGGGAACUUCAUACUGGGUACAUUAAGGAAGUAAUGUGCCCGUCGCCUUAUUUUGUAUAAAGCCUCAACUGGCGGCGGCGUCGCAUUGACAUGUCAGUGGCAUCGUCCAGUCGUUAUUAUGUAACGAAUGCCGAGUCUAACAAUACUAACAUUUGUUCGCGUCAAGUUAAUCGUAGCUUGUGCGUUUUAGCCACAGAUGACGUCACAGUGUUUCGGUACAUUCUCGAACGCAUCAAAAUAGGUGAUCACAAUUGUUGGUGAUAUGUAUAUAGUUUUACGAAAAUGUUAAUAAAUAAAUUAACGAAUACAAA